GCAAUUUAUUGACAUUCAUUAGCAGAGCAGCUUAAGGGGAAUAGUGUGAAAAAUUUUCACAUUCCUAUUUCUUCAAUUAGUUUAAUCGAAAUAAAUGAAUAAUCUAUCAGUUUUUGAUACAAAAUCAGACACGUAAGAAUUAUACUAUUGUUAAUAAAAAUGUCAUAUAACAUAGACGAGAUGAGCUGGACAGAUGUACGGAAUUUGUUCAGGAAGUGGCGAGAUGAUAAUGAACGAAAAAGUGACGAUGUAAUGCAACUGUGGGACGCAAUCCUCUCGGAUAAACAGAAUAAACUCGGUAAUGAACGUCACCUCGUGCUGGAACAAGUGAUGAUAGCCGCCCUUGAUUGCAAUCGGAUAGAAACAGCAGAAGACUGCAUACGGGUGCUGAUCGCUGAAUUUCCCGGCAGCUUACGUAUACAGAAGUAUAAAGCCAUGGUGUUGGAAGCAUUGGAGCGUUACGAUGAUGCACUAAAUGUUUUGGAUCUAAUUAUUAAAAAGGAUGAAACAAACGCAGCUCCGCGGAAACGGAAAGUAGCUAUUUUCAAAGCUCAAGGUCGCACAACCGAUGCCAUUCGGGAACUGUGCGACUAUAUGAAACGUUUUAUGUCGGACCAGGAAGGAUGGCAUGAGCUGUGUAGUUUGUAUUUGGCUGAGGGUGAAUAUGCAAAGGCUGCUUUUUGUAUGGAGGAAUUGCUUCUGCACAAUCCGCACAGUCAUCUGAUUCAUCAGCGGUUAGCCGACAUUCGCUAUACCAUGGGGGGUCUGGACAAUAUCGAAAUAGCAAAAUCUUAUUACUGCCAAGCAGUGAAGCUUAACCAAAAUAAUCUCCGUGCUUUGUAUGGACUUUUCUUAUGCUGUGGACAUAUUGCUAAUUCGAAGUCCGCAACUCACAAGCGAAAGGAAGUUCAAAAAUUGGCUCAGUGGGCAAUUGGGCAAAUUCAGCACAAAACGGCGCCCUCUGUGCAAUCGUCUACUAAAAUUGGUGAUUUGUCAGCAAAACAGCCUAAGUAUGAAAUGAACGCCUUGGAGCAGGCCUUCGGUGGUUUAGAUAUUGCCAAAGCAAAUUGACCAACUGACCAGUUUUAACACCGUAUAUUCGAGGGUGGUUUACCAUCACGUAAUUUAUGCAUGCUGUCACCCCUACCAUCCAUAGUGGUCAAACUGAUGUAUCUAAACUUUACUCUAUUGUGGGUGUUUUUCCGCUUAACUUCUUUUCGAAAUAUGAUACGGAAUUUUUAAUAGUCGCUGUAUAUUGCAUUGAAUGAAGUAAAAAAAUCGCAUUUAUAUUCUCAAUGAAUAAAUUGUGUACACUAUUUUAGAAAUACUGUUUUUAAAAUCACGUAAAUCUGAAAAGGUAUUUUCACAAACUAAGGUCUAAUGUAGCUAAUUUUUCCGCAUUUUCAUGUAGAUGGUUUUUCAGUAAAAAGUAACACCUGCACAGUAUAUGUACCAUUUGAACAUUUUAGUAGCCAACUAAUCUAUUUAAUAAAUAAAAGGUAUUUAGAUUAAAAUGUCGGUGGUAAUGAGAGAUAGGAUCAAAAAUUAAUAAAGUUUAUAUGGUUUA